GUCAAUAGUCGGUACCUUUUUAGUGUUACACAUGACCGUACUUCACUGUAAGGAAGUGUCCACGGACGAUUAUCUACUUAUCUAAUUGUCAUUUACACAACUAUCUACUUAUUAUUAUGCUCUUGUACACAACUAUCUACUUAUCUACUACUACUAGUGACUAGUCUUACAAGAUCUGGACCAUGACUAAGCUUCGGGGGUUUGAUUUCUGGAAGAACACCCUGAAAGAAGCCUGCUUCGUGGUGGCACCCAUGGUGGACCAGAGUGAGCUGGCUUGGCGUCUACUCAGCCGUCGUCAUGGCGCCCACCUGUGCUAUACACCUAUGCUUCAUGCUCAGGUGUUUGUUCGGGAUGCCAACUACAGGCGGGAGAACCUCUACAACGAGGUGUGCCAGGAGGACAGACCGCUGAUCACUCAGUUCUGUGCCAAUGACCCCGAGGUGUUCAUUCAGGCAGCCAUGUUGGCACAGGACUAUUGUGACGCCAUCGAUCUCAACUUGGGUUGUCCUCAGAUGAUCGCCAAAAGGGGGCACUAUGGAGUCUUCCUGCAGGAUGAAUGGGAGCUGUUAGAAAAAAUGGUCAGGCUGGCCAAUGAAAAGCUGUCGGUGCCAAUCACAUGUAAGAUCCGCAUCUUCCAGGACCUUGACAAGACCGUCCGCUACGCCCAAAUGCUGGAGAAGGCAGGAUGCCAGCUGCUCACAGUACAUGGCAGGACCAAGGAGCAGAAAGGAGCCAUGACAGGAAUUGCCAGCUGGGAGCACAUCAAAGCAGUACGGAAGGCCCUCCACAUACCUGUGUUUGCUAACGGCAACAUUCAGCAUCUGAGCGAUGUGCAACGCUGCAUCCUGGAGACCGGUGUGCAAGGGGUGAUGAGUGCAGAGGGGAACCUCCAUAACCCAGCCCUGUUUGAAGGGCACAGCCCCCCAGUGUGGGAGAUGGCUGAGGAGUACCUGGACAUGGUCCACAAGCAUCCACCCUGCAACUUGUCCUUUGUACGAGCACACCUCUUCAAACUGUGGCACCACACGCUCCAGAUCCACCAGGACCUGAGGGAUGAGUUGGCCAAGGUGAAGACCUUGGAGAGUUUGGCCAAUGUUAGCAAAGAGCUGAAGAUGCGCUGCCAGGAAGAGAUAGCCAGAGGACAUGACAAGAAGAAUGAGGGCGUCCCUCACUGGAUCUGCCAGCCCUAUGUGAGACCACCGCCCAAAGAUCCAGCUGCCAAAGGUGAGGAGUCCCAAGUCCAGAAGUGCCAGAAGAGAGUGCUGGAGGAUUGGGAUGGGACAGGGCAGACACUCUCCAAAAAUAAACUGAAGAAAAGAUCCCGCAACCCCAAAAAGAACUUCAGCCCAGAUCAGAAACCCAAGUACAUCAAAUGUGAAGAGUGUGGGAAUCCAAAGGGAAACAAGUGUGUCUUCAGUCUGUGUCGAGGAUGCUGCAAGAAGAAGUCCUACAAGGAAGUGGCCGACUGUUUAAGUCAUGGCUUGAAGUUCAAGACCAAGGCAGAGAGAAGUAAAGCUCUAGAAGAGAAGGACAUUGAGAUGGAGAGAAAGUGCAGCCCUCCUCAACAUCUUCUACAUCAGAAGGUUUAGGAUGGUCCUCACUCUUGACAACCAUCUUCUACUUCAGAAGGUUUUAGGAUGGUCCUCACUCUUGACAACCGUCUUCUACAUCAGAAGGUUUAGGAUGGUCCUCACUCUUGACAACCAUCUUCUACAUCAGGUUUAGGAUGGUCCUCACUCUUGACAACCAUCUUCUACAUCAGAAGGUUUAGGAUGGUCCUCAGUCUUGACAACCAUCUUCUCCAACAACUUGAUUAUCAUGAGCGCAGCCUGUCAACAUUUGAAUAAAGGGCUCCUUCAAGAA